CACGGGGGCCGUGUUCGCAGCCUCCUGCCUCUGGCUCUGAGGCGCGGCAAAGUCAAGGAGAAGGUGGACAGAGCCGUCGAGGGUGCCCGUCGAGCCGUGAGUGCUGCCCGCCAGCGCCAGGAGAUUGCUGCUGCCAGGGCAGCCGACGCCCUCCUAAAGGCAGUGGCAGCCAGCAGCAUCGCUGAGAAGGCUGUGGAGGCAGCACGGAUGGCCAAACUGAUCGCCGAGGACCUACAGCCCAUGCUGGAGGCUCCAGGCCACAGACCCAGGCAGGACUCAGAAGGUUCCGACACAGAGCCCUUGGAUGAGGACAGCCCUGGGGUGUACGAGAAUGGACUGACCCCCUCAGAGGGCUCCCCCGAACUGCCCAGCAGUCCUGCCUCCUCCCGCCAACCCUGGCGACCCCCUGCCUGCCGGAACCCACUGCCGCCUGGAGGGGACUGGGGCCCCUUCUCCAGCCCCAAAGCUUGGCCUGAGGAGUGGGGGGGCCCCGGUGAGCAGUCAGAGGAACUAGCUGGCUAUGAGGCUGAGGACGAGGCUGGGAUGCAGGGACCAGGGCCCAGAGAUGGUUCCUCACUCCUUGGAGGCUGCAGCGACAGUUCGGGAAGUCUUCGAGAGGAGGAGGGGGAAGACGAAGAGCCCUUGCCCCGGCUGAGGGCUUCAGGGGGCUCAGAGCCUGAGCCUGUGGCCACGCCGGUCCUGAGGGGCGUGUCCCCAAGGGGUCUGGAUGCUGGGUGCCUGAUGGAAGAGUCCGAGGAGCCUGCUGCAACAGAGAGGCCUGCCCAGCCGGGAGCUGCCAACCCGCUGGUGGUGGGAGCUGUGGCCCUCCUCGACCUCAGCCUGGCAUUCCUGUUCUCCCAGCUCCUCACCUGAGGCUACUUCCUGGCCUAGUUCUGGCUUUGGUUGCCUGCCUCUUCACCCCUUUGACCUGCCUUUUUUCUCUUUUCCUCCUCCUGGUUGUUUUUUCUCCUAUCUUUUCUUUCUCUUCUGUCCCCCUUUGUUUUUGUCUCUUGCUUUUGCCUUCCUUCUCUUCUUUCAGAUUCUCUCAUUUAUCCCAGACCUGUCUCUUUCUCCCCCACCCUCUUCUUCUCUAGAUUGUUUACAUAUGAAGGGCUUUUCUCUCUCAGAUGCUCUCGUUUCUGAGACACACAAAUCUAAGUCAGACCAUUGCCCCAUGCCCUCCCGCCUUUUCUUUAAACCUAAACUUCUCGAGGGUGGGGAUUUAGUGUCCUGAGGAGUCUUCUGGAAGCUGAACGGAGAGGAGAAUAACAGAGACAGAGUGACUGAAUGCUGGACAAGCUGCUGGCAGAGCCCCUGUGGCUUCCUGGCCCAAAUGAAAAGGCUGGAGGACAUGUGGCCUCCACCUCUCACCCUGGAGAAGAUUACCUCACCUCCCAGCACCCAGCUAGGUUCUUGCCUAACUUGAUCCUUCCUGGAGGAAGCUAAAAGAACAAUGGAACAACGUCCUAGAAUCUCCCUCUUCCUUUCCCCUAGUCAGCCAGCCCCUCUUCCAACCAUGUUUACACCAUGCCAAGAGCAACGUGUAAAGGAACAAAAAAUAUCCAAUGCAGUCAGGCCCACCCUCAGGCUUUGCCACUGAUCUCUCUGCCCUUCUGUGGCCCUUAAAAUUUUAUUCGGUUGGUCUGGACUCACUUGUGGCCUUUGAUUAAAUUCCUACAGGGGCCUGAAGAAGACACUUCUACUCCAGAGGGUUAGAGGCAUUUGAGCCAGGACUCUGCUCCCCAACUCUGGCAUUUGUAGUGGGGAGGCCUUUCUGAGAGGAUAGAACCAGGCAAGCUAACAGGAGCUCACCGAGCAGCAGAAGUGACAAGUCUGGUAGUCUCCAAAGGGUUCUGUCCCUUCCCCCAUCACUUCAGAAUCUUGUGGAAUGGGAUCAAAGAAAGCCCCUAUCUCCCACACUCCCCAGGAAGGGUAAAGGUGGAAGUCAGACCUAGGGUGAGAGGUGGUUGGAGAGCCCUGUGGGAGGUUGCUGGCUGAUCCUUGGUAGUAGCUUUUCCCCUGGAGGCAGGAAGCCCUAGAAAGGGGAUUGUAGGGCCCCCAGGGGAUCUUUUCUCCCUCCCUUGCAUGUGGCAGAACCGAACUGCCUGCCAACCCCCUCCCUCAAGGAAUGGCCUUGCCCGGGAAUGCCCACCACACACACCCUCUUUUUUUCUAGUCAAACUGUUCACUCCUGGCCUGCCUCCCUCCUUCCUCCCCUUUCAACCUUUACUUCUGAUUUCUAUUUCAUGGAAUUUGGGAUUGAAGUUAUACAACAGUGCCGCCAACACCAAGUCUUGCAG